AUGAAAAACGUCAAGGAGAACAUCAUACAUUUUAAGGACCUAGCCAAGCAGCUGGAGGCAUGUAUACGGUACAACUCAGCAGAUAUCGAAGUGAUGCAAGACAUUUACGCGGAAUGUAAAAAAGACCUAAUGACUCUGGAGAAGUUAACGCUGGAGGCUCUGGAAAAGGGAAAUGCCCACUUGUUUGAGCAGCUAGUAGAGGCGUCCACCCACGUGAACCGAUCCAUCAAGCUGUUCGAAAGUUUCGAGAAAAGCCACAAGGACCGCAGACGGAGUUUUUCAGAAGGAGGAUGGUCCCCGCAAAAUGGGGCAAUUCAAAUGGCACACGACGAUAGGGAUUUUUCAAAAAAAAAAAAAUCGCACCAAGGGUAUAAAAAACAUGACAGUAAGAAGAGAGGGAAGAAAUACAAAAGUGUAGAUGACGAGGAGGAAGACAGCGACAAAAGAAAUCGAAGUGGAAGCCAAAGCAGAAGCCGUAGUAGAAGCGGAAGCUUUGGCAGAAGCCCCGGAAGAAGAAAAGAACAUGAAAAGAAGAAAAAGAAAAAGAAGGGAAAGGACAAGGAGAAAGGAAGAGGAAAGUACUUCCAAAGUGAUGAUGAAAAUGAUAGUAAAGAAAAAGACACAAAUGAUAAUAAAAAACUGGUAAAAUCAUACUCACUAGAUUCCUUUAACAAAGUAUUUGGCACCUUCCAUGAUACUAUGAACAUGCUCAGCAGCGAACUGGAAGAUGACCUGGACGAUUUUCAAAUAAAACAGAAAAAGAAAGAAAAAAAAAAAAAGAAAAAACAACAUGAUGGCAAAUUAAAGGGACCACACGAUGAUGAUAAUGAAAACGACACUGAAGACGCCUUCUUAAGUAACAAUCACAUCGAUUCGCUAGACGAUUUAAGUCCGCGAAGCAGCAACAGUACAAAGGGCAAAAAAAGCAAACGGGGAAAAGCAGUCAGCGCACACGGGAAACACCACCCAGUGGACAUAGUAAUUCACAUAUCAGAUAUUAUAAACGUUUCACCAAAUCUUAAAACGGUUUAUGUUUAUCUAACCCUAAAAUCAACAGAUAAAAAAAUUAACAUAAGAAAAAAAAGCAAAAGUAAAAACGUUGAUAAUUUUUCUGUAAACGUAUCAGAACUUUUUCAAUUCUCCGUUAUUCAUAACAAGAAGUUGUUCUUAUACGUAGAUGUAGUGGACAAGGAAAAAAAAAGUUAUUUUUACAGGUGCUUAAUAAAUUUGAAUGAUAAAAUUUUGAAGAAAGCUCGACUUCUUGUCCCUACGGCAUUUUUAUUAAAACAAGUUAGUGACAAUUCUGAUAACAACCGUGGUAACCAAAAUUUAAUUCCUACGAACCCGAUAAAAUUUCCUAUCACAAGUCAAAAUUCUAAAGGCGAAAAUGUCGACAAGGAUAUAAAAGAUUUCUCUUUUAUAUCUCCGACAGUGAAUACCUUUCCGUGGCCAAAUUCUGGGGAUCGUCGCGGAAUGAGUCAACAGCCUCUUAGUAACGCCCCAAAUGUUGACCUAUUCAGUCUUAACCCUACUGGCAGUAACCGUGUGCACAAUCGCCUGAACUAUUUUCCAAUGAGUGGGGCCAACCCCAACAACUUCUACCCCAUGAACAAGAACCUACGCAACAACCCGAAUUCGACAAAUUUCAAUUUUGCGCGCACAAAUAGAAACGGCCCCAAUUCGAACAACUUCAAUUUCGUAAGCAGAAACGUCGCAAAUGGAAAUAUGUACAAUUGGGCAAAUGGAAACCAGGGAUUUGGAACGCCCAAUUUUGGCACCCCCAACUUUGGAAACAAUAACUUUGCAGGGUCUUCUUUUGGAGGUCCAUCGUUUGGCGCCCCUUCAUUUGGGGGCCCAUCUUUUGGAAACCCAUCAUUUGGCGACGCCAACCGAAGCCUCAGUAACCCCACCUUUAGCAACUACAAAAGUGGCCAACCCUACAUGGGUCAAUCCAACUUCGACCCCUUCGCUCCUGAUCGCACCAACAUCGGCGAAAGCAAAAAAGACGCAAGCGGAUCCCCGCGGGUGGACUCCCCAAGUAUUAGAAUAACCACAGAAAACGAAAAAGCAAAGGAAGCGGAACAAAAAAAAGAAGAAGAAAAAAAAAAAAACGAGCUAGCUAAAAAUGAAAAGAAUUUCUCAAGUGACUGCUCCUACAUCAUAAUGAACAUUUUUCUAAAAAACAAAGAUUUUGAUCACGAAACGGAAUUAAUGAAACAGAACAAUUUGAAUCUGUACAAACAACUAUAUAACGUGUGCAACAAAGAAAAGGUGUACUAUGAAAAUAAAAAUAAAGAAAAUGAAAGAAAAAUAGAAGAACUAGACAAGGCAGUAAUGCUCCUCGAAUUGGACAACGAAAGUUACUUAGAAGCCAACAGCAAGUUGAAGGAAAUUAUCGAAUCGAACAAAGAAAUAAUUAAAGUAAUCGAAAAUAUUGUACAGAAGAAAAAUAAUAAAAUAGAAAAAUUGGAAAAAGAAAAUGAAAGAGUUGUAGAGGCAGAAAAACUUAUCGAAGAAAAUAAAAAAGAAAACGUUCUUUUGUCUCAACAAAUUACCAAACUCAGUAGCAAUUAUGAAGAAAAUAAAUUGAAAUUAAAAGAUUAUAAUCAAGUGAAUGAAAACCUGAACAGCAAGGUAAAUAAUUUGCUGUUCCAACUGCAAAAUGCCCAGAUGAAAAAUGAAAAACUUCUGCUCUACUUAUCCUACUUGGUAAAACAUAUACACAAAAACAGUUGCGACGAUGAUGCCAAUAUGUUAAAUUUAAUGAAAUUAAAAAAAAUUAAUUCAAAUGUACAAGGAUCACAAAUUGGUACGAAUUACAAGGAUAUGUUAGAAGACAUUACAAACAACUGCAAUUAUAUGAAGACUGGUUCCAAGUACGAAGAUAUUAUCCUCAAUAAUUUCAUCAAAAGUCAGAAAAAGGUUAAUGUGGACCCAAAGCAUUUGUAUAAAAUUCUAGGUAUACGUAAUGGUUCGAAAAAACAGAUUCUCAACUACAGCAGUGACAACAACAAUGAGGGAAGAAAUACUUCUAAGCGUAAUCUUCAAAAAGGGAUCCUCAUGACAGCCGAUCCUGAGGAUUAUAAAAGUGCUACUCUCUCGGACGAAUUGGAUGCAUCGCAGGAUGAAGAAAACGACAUUCACAUUGAUCAGUUUCUCGUCAAGGCAUAUAAAAAAUAUAUAAAUGCAACUUCAUCCACGGAAAUAAAUCAAGAGCAUCAUCUGCGAAAGGGGGAAAUCAAUCACCCAUUUUCAAACAGGAAGAAUAAGAAAAAAGAAAAACGGGGUGAAAAAAGUACACUAAAGGGAAUACCCCAAAUGACCUGGAGCAGCGAUGAAGAGAAGAAGAAAACACACAGACACUCCUUUGACUUGAAUAUGAAGCGAAUGGAUGAAGUACAAAGGGGGGAGGAAUCCCCCAGCAGGGGAAAAAGAAACGGCCAUCUACAGAGUGAUAAAGAAAAAAUUGAAACGAGACGAAUGCUAAAUGAGAUGAACAACAACAUCAAAAUUAGGCACCAUGCAAACGAUAUUUUCCAUGAUGAUUUUUUUAACCACUCUAGAGACUGCUCAGAUAACGACACGAAUAGCACAUUUUCCUUCAACGUAAAAAAUCACGCAAAAUGGGAUCACCUGAAAAAACAGAAAAAGGGAAAAAAGGAGAAGAAAAACGAAGAAGGGGAAAAUAAACAAAAUAAUAUUUCCGAAAAAGGACACCAAGAAUUAAACGAAAAGGGGAAGAAGCAGCAGAGGAAAAAGCCCAGUUAUGCGGUGAAACAAACAGGGGAAAGAAUUACAAACUUGAAGGGCAAAAAGGGCCUGCUCAGGGACAUCAUGGACCAUGAUGAUGCCGAGAAUUACUAUGAUGAUUAUGAUGGUCAUUUCCUCCCCUUGAGAACCAGACGGGAGAAGGAUGGUAGAAAAAAACACUCCCUAAGUAAUUACAAACAAAAAAAGAGAAACAAAUUGGUGUACAACGAAAAUUACACCUUUAGUAAUUGUGAAAUGUCCAAUGAUGACGCAUCCCAGGGAGGGGAAGGUCACUCCAAAAUGAAAAGUAAGAAAGAGAAGAACAUAGUUAGUGAUACUUGUUUAAACGAAAUGGGUAGAAGUAGACGCAAGCAGGGUAAGCACGGGGAGGGUUCACCCGUCUGGAAUGACCCCCUAAAGGAGAAGAAGAAACUGGACAAGGAAAAGGGGGGUCCCCAUCACGAUAACAGCCGAAAGAGUCAGAGCAGCAAAACACGGAUGGAGAACAAGGGGAAAGACCCCAAGAAUAAGAAAUUCAUCCACUUGAAAAAAAAAACAACAAACGACUACUUGAGUGAUUACAAAAGUUUCGAAAAAAAAUUUAACUACUUUGUUAAGGUGUCCAAAAAUCUCCAGGGAAGCCUUCUCUCCAAUAGCAGCGGCAAAUUAAGUUAUGCGGUAGAAUUAAAUAAAAAAAGCUACUUCACCAAUUUAGAAAGAAUUAUCAACAAGUGCAAUAAAAAGGAACAAACAUUUUCCUAUCUCGAUAGUUAUCUUAGCACACAAAUAAAGUCCAUGUUUUUAUCAGACGAUGAUAUAAAGAAGCAUAAGAAUAGGUUGCGAAAUUUUUACAGAAAAAAUACCAAGGGUAUCAUUUUUGAAAACAACCUUGUUAAGAUAUAUGCGAAACUUUAUUACGUGAACGAAGAUUCAGGAAAAAGCAGUGGGUAUAAAAAGGAAAAGUUGUUAACCCCCGACAAGAACGAUGCAAAUGGGGACGUGAGCAAAGUGCAUCCAUCUGCAAAUAACAGUGGUCCAUGCAAAAAUGAGGGCAAUAUAGUUAUGAACAGCAAAGACAGUGAUACCACCACUCGCAAGGACUGUAAAAAGAGCACGAUAAACAAACCAGAAAAAAAACUAAAAAAAGAAAAUAUAUAUAUGAAUAUAUACUUGAAAUCAAUUCUGUACAACAUCAUCUAUGUGAAAAGUGAUCUCAGUGAAAACAAAAUGGACCACGUCAAAGUUGUAAAAAGAAAUUUGAAAAAAAAUUAUAACAAAGUCACUGAAGAAAAUGAUUACAUAAAUUUAAAGAAAAACGAAAUUUGUUUACUGUACACCUUACGCUUUAAAAAAAAUCGUCUUCAAAAAGUGCCCCUGUUCUUAAAUGUAGAAUGCUUAAACAAUGACAAUACUACCAUCAAGUUGAAAAUCGCUUUACCCCUGCCACACCUAUACCUCCUGAAACCAAAUAGCUUUUAUCUUAACAGUUUUGUAAAAAAUUUCUCAGGAAAGCAAAAAUAUUAUUACAAAUCUUACAACUACAAUAUGCUGGAUUUUUCAACAUUCAAGGAUUUUAUCAAUUCGAUCAAACUGUACAAUUCCUUUAACGUUUUCCAUUUUGACUCCUACAACAUUCUGUACAGCACAUAUCCUGUUGAUAACAAAUCUAAGAUGCUUUUGCUAAUUGUGUGCGAUUUUGUGAAAAAAAAAAAUGGCGCUUCCAAUGACACGGUCAAGUUACAUUUCGUGUCUCUCUCCAACAGCUUGAUUAGCUUCUCCGUAAAUUUGUUUAAGCAAAUUUUGUAG